ACUGCAAAGGUGUUUUGUUUAAAAUAACCUCAAAUAAUAUAACUUAAGACAAUGAAGCAGUUAACAAUGAUACAGUUUUAUAAGUACAAGUUAUUUGUAAUUUCUGCUCUGUCCUUCCUUUUUGGAUGUAUGAUAGCUAUCAACCUGUAUCCCAUCGAGAAGACAUGCCAAAUUGAUAAGAACGAUCGAGAAUACAGCAUAAUGAACAACGCUAAACUGAAAAAUCCGGACUUAAUUAUUUUCAUCUUAUCUGCGCCUAAAAACCUGGAUAGAAGGAACGCCAUACGAGAAACGUGGCUAAAGUUGAAGAUUCAUUAUCCUGAUGUAAACAACGAGAAUGUUAAAUUCAAGAUCAAGCAUUAUUUUGUUAUUGGAAGCUUGGGUCUGAGCAUUGAUGAAGUGUUGCACUUGAGUUCUGAGCAAUCUCUGCACGGAGAUAUGCUGAUCCUCCCAAUACAAGACAGCUACAAGAAUUUAACUUACAAAGUCCUCAAGAGCUUUACUUGGCUUAGAGAACAAACUGACUUUGGUUUAGGAUUUAAGUAUGUCUUGAAGUGUGAUGAUGAUAGCUUUGUGAGAAUUGAUAGUUUGGCACAGGAAAUUAUGCAGAUCGAGAUAUUGUAUUUGAAAUCUGAAAUUGAUCUGAAUAAUUUAAAUGCCAACAUGUCGCCAUACAUUAAGCUGAAUGCUCAGUUUAAUGAGAAAGUGGCAUCGGAUAAGUUUAAUUUGUAUUGGGGCUACUUCAAUGGAAACGCGAAAAUCAAAACGAGCGGAAAGUGGAAAGAGAAUAAUUGGAUCUUGUGCGAUAAUUAUAUUCCCUAUGCAUUAGGAGGAGGGUACAUUAUUUCCAAAGGUUUGGUCAAAUACUUGGCUGAUAAUGCUGACAAUCUCAGAUUAUACAAUUCAGAGGAUAUUAGCGUUGGCGCUUGGCUGGCUCCAGUUAAUAAUGUCAUUAGAAUACACGAUAUACGAUUCGACACGGAAUGGACGACUAGAGGGUGUCAAAACUACUAUUUAAUAUCUCACAGUCAUUCCAUUCAGCAAAUAAAAAAAUUGUACCAAAACAUUAUUGAGACAGGUAACUUGUGUGAUGAAGAAGUUGUAUCAAGGCAACACUAUUUAUACAAUUGGUUGAUGCCUCCUAGUAAAUGCUGCAGAAAUAAUCUAAAAACAUAGUAAAUAUGGUAAUAAGAUUGAUACAACAAAACAAACAUAUUUCCAUUUGAACAUCACAACACACAACUUUCUUCAAUUGCGUCAGCUUUUCAUGUAUUUAAUUAUAUAAAAAAAAAGUAUAGCCGACAAUCUUAACUAUAAAGAACAUUUUAUAAAUUAAAAUCAGUUAUAACUUUUUUCAUCAAUUUGGCUUAGAAUCAACGAGAAUUUAUUGCAAUGCUUUAUCACACAUUUGUAGUUCUCAUAUUUUUAUUUAGAUUUAUUUUAUCAUCUGCUCUUUAAAUCUUUGUAUAGAACCAGUUUUGAGUUGCAUUGUAUUCAUUUGCAAGACUACAAAUUGAAAGUCUAAAAACGGGCGCAGCUGCAUUAAAAUGGACAAUGAAAAAUCUUUUAUACUGCUCAAGGUAUUGUCAUAUGUUUGAUGUAUUUUUUUCGUAUUUCGUGUGUAUGUUUCAACCUCUCUUGGAUGUUGACAGUGCUUUUAUUUUAUGAUAAAUUUACGAAAAGUUAACACGUUGCAUGGACAUUGUAUGAUUAUGUUAAAUGACGACCAAAUUGAAGAUUAUUUCAAGUGUUUUGAUGAAAAUAGAAAUUGAUCGAUCAAAAAGCAUUUCCCGGGAGAAAAUUCUUCAUUUGUGAUUCUAGUCAAUGAAAGACAUU